AUGCUCUCGACGUCUCCCCGCCUGCGCAUCAGGCAUCCCUCCCCCACGACGGCUGAAUUCACCGUAACAACCCUCCGACCAAUCCCUCCCGCCCUCCACACCCUCAUCCUCCUCUCGCGCUUCCUCGUCACCGUCUUCGUCCUCCUGCUCCUCUACGCGCGCCUCACCCUCUCGCCGCUCCUCGCCAGCGCCAUACCACCUCUGCUCAAGGACCUCGUCCCGCGCGCGCACCUGCAGGCUCCGGCUUCGAUAUCUGCGCUUGCGGAGAUUAUACCUGUCUCUGUCCUCGUGCCUGGGAGCUUUGCUGUGCUGUGGCUGCUUAGCCGUAGGGGGUAUGCGUGCGAGAGCAUUCUCGUCAUGAGGGGUCUCGGUGUGCAGACUAGCUCCUGUGCGGGUAGUUACCUAGCAGGCACAGCGACGAGAUUCAUCCCGACGGAGAAGAUACAGGAUAUUCUGGUCAACGAGGCGUUCCUUGGAUUCGAGGUGCGAUACUACCUCGUCGUGGUAGUGGAAGGUGAAGAGGACGUUGUCGUCGUAUUUCCUCGCUUGCUGCCACGACGCAAGAUCGUCGAAGAAGUAUGGAGGGGUGUAAGACGAUGUCUGUACGAGAGCAGGGCAGAAGAAAAGGGGCAGAAUUAG